AUGGCUAAAGGUUCUAAGAAUUCAGGAAACCCAAAGAAAUCAGUGGUUACUACUGAUGAGCGUUUCAGUGCAAUCCAUAACGAUCCACGUUUCAGAUUGCCAAAAAGAGAUGAUAUCAAAGUUGAAUUGGAUGAUAGAUUUAAAAAAUCAGAUCUAGAAGCUAUUAAAAGAAAAGCAAAAAUUGAUAAGUAUGGUAGAAAGAUUAAAGAAAAGGAUAAUAAUGAACCAUUCAACAAGUAUUACAAAACCAAAGAUGAUAAAAAAUCCAAGAAUGAUGGAUCUGAUUCUGAAGAAUCUGGUUCAGAUGAUGAAGAAGAUGAAGAAGAUGAAGAUGAAUCUAAAUCAGAUGAGGAAAGUGAAGAAAACAACUCCAGUGCUGAUGAAACUGCAGAUGCUGUUGCUAAAGUCGAUCUUGCUCGUGGUGAAGGUUUACCUUCCGAUGCUGAAUCCUCAAGUGAUGAAUCAAGUUCUGAUGAAGAAUCAUCUGAAGAAGAAGAAGAAGAAGAUGAUGACGAUGAAAAACCAGAAGAAGGUGAGCCAUCAAAGAGAUUUGCUGUCGUUAAUUUAGAUUGGGAUCAUGUUAAAUCUGUCGAUCUUAUGGCUACUUUCCAAAGUUUUGUUCCUGCAAGUGGUCAUAUUGAUAAUGUUUCAAUUUUUCCAAGUGAAUUUGGUAAAGAAAGAAUGCAAAAAGAAGAUAUGGAAGGUCCACCAAAGGAAUUAUUCCAAAAAAAAUCUAAGAAAUCUCAACCAGAAUCAGAUGAAGAAGAUGAGGAAUCUGAUUCUGAUUCCGAAUUAGAAGCUAAAGAUUUAUAUGAAGAAGGAAACGGUGAAACUGAUUAUGAUCAUAAGAGUUUACGUCGCUAUCAAUUACAAAGAUUAAGAUAUUAUUACGCUGUUGUUACUUGUGACUCUGUACAAACUGCUAAAAAUAUUUAUGAUAAUUGUGAUGGUACAGAAUAUGAAUCAACUGCCAAUUUAUUUGAUUUAAGAUAUAUUCCAGAAGAAAUGGAAUUUGAUGAUGAACCAAGAGAUUCAUGUAAUAAAAUACCGACAAAUUAUAAGCCACAAACAUUUGUUACUGAUGCAUUACAACAUUCAAAAGUGAAAUUAACUUGGGAUGAAACACCAGCUGAAAGAGUUAAAUUAAGUUCCAAAGCAUUCAGUCAAAGAGAAUUAGAUGAUAUGGAUUUCAAGGCUUAUUUAGCAUCUGAUAACAGUGAUGAAGAAGAAAGUGAUCAUGAAGAUUUGAAGAAUAAAUAUAAAAAUUUAGUUGGCCAAAGUACCAAGAUUGGUAACAAGGAUAUUUUCAAUCAAAAUGAUGAUGAUGAAGAUGAUGUUGAUAUGGAGAUCACAUUUACUCCAGGUCUUGAUGAAAAGGCUGCUAAUGGAGGUGAAAAUAAUGGACCAGCUGAAGGUCAAGAAGAAUCAAGUAUAGAUAAAUUGAAACGUAAAGCUAAAGAACGUCGUAAAGCUAGAAAAGAUAAAAUUAAAGAAUUGAAAAAAGAAGCUGAAGACCAAAAAAGAUCUGAUAAACCAAAUAAAGAUAAAAAAUCUAAAAAGAAGCAAAAUAGAGAUGAAGACGAUGAUGAAAAGAAAGCUGAAUUAGAAUUAUUAAUGCUUGAUGAAAAUAAUAAGAAACAACAAGAUCAUUUCGAUUUGAAAGAAUUGAUGAGAUCUGAAAAGGAAAAAUCAAAGAAAUCUAAACACAGAAACAAAGAUAAGAUUAUUGAAGAUGAUUUCAAACCAGAUUUGAAUGAUCCUAGAUUCAAAGAAAUCUUUACCUCUCAUGAAUUUGCCAUUGAUCCAUCUCAACCACAAUUCAAGAAGACUGCUACUAUGGCUAAGAUCUUAGAAGAACGUAACAAACGUCGUGAUGAUGGUGAAACUGCAUCGUCAUCUUCUAAAAAAUCAUCAAAAGACACAAACUCUAAAAAGAGAAAAACUCCAUCUUCUGAAAAUGAUGAUGUCAAUUCAUUGGUGCAAAGAAUCAAGCGUAAGAGUAAGAAAUAG